AUGUCUCGCGCCGCAAAGUAUGAUUUAUGGAGCAGGGAAGAAUUGAUACUAAAGUUACUCGAGUAUGAAGACAGUCAAUUACCAAAUGCGACAAAAAAACACGAGUCGAAUGAUAGUGCAAGUGUUUGCUCUUCCAUAUCAACAACCGAUUCCAAAAAGACAAAACGUAACAGACAAUUCGACAUGUCUAAAUAUUCACAGAAAUAUAUUGCACUCAAGGUAGCUUAUCUCGGAUGGAAUUAUCACGGUUUCGCAGUUCAGGCAGACGAGGAAACAUGUCCGACGGUAGAAGGACAGAUAUUCAAAGCGCUCCUGACAGCCAAACUCAUUACUGAUCCGUCGUCCUGCAAAUUCUCUCGUUGUGGCAGGACGGAUAAAGGAGUGAGCGGGUUGGGACAGGUUAUCGCAUUGAAAGUACGAUCUAAUAUGCCUGCUGAUAAAAUCGAGGAUAAAGACAUUGUAGAAGAGAACGUUGAAAGUGAUGGAAAUGAUUAUAAAAACGAGUAUGUCAAGAUUAAAGAUAAAAAUCAGCCCAAAGAAGAAAUACCGUACGUCGAUAUUCUAAACAGAUUGCUACCAGCGGAUAUCAGAAUACUCGCAUGGACAUCCGUCCCCGAAUCGUUUUCGGCGAGAUUCUCUUGUCGCGGACGACGGUACAGAUACUUUUUUCUGAAAUCGGCCUUGAACAUUGAACUGAUGCAGUCGGCCUGCAAACAGUUCAUAGGCACGCAUGAUUUCAGAAAUUUUUGCAAGAUAAACUCUAGCCAGGAUGUCACCAAUUAUGAACGGACAAUUCUCGAUGCAAAGAUAUCAAAGGCUAGCGAGUGUGAUUCGGAUGCCGGUUGUGGUGGUGACCGUGUGUCGCCGCCGUAUAGUGACGUCGACGAGUUUUACGUCUUUGAAGUCAGAGGUACUGCCUUUUUGUGGCAUCAAGUGAGGUGCAUGAUGGGCAUUCUGUUUCUCAUAGGGCAGGAAUUGGAGUCGCCCUCGAUUAUACAAUCUCUUUUCGAUAUUUCCACUAUUCCUUCACGUCCUGCAUACGAGAUGGCAAGCGAGCUUCCUCUUAUUCUUUACGGUUGCGAAUUCAAUGGACUUGAUUGGAAAUAUUCUCCAAAUACAAUAGACAGACUUUAUCAUCACAUGUAUCAACAAUUUUAUGGAUAUUUUACCAAGUCAAUGAUUGCUUCCACGAUCUUGAAAUCACUUGGUGUUGGUACAAUACAGCAUGGCAUAAUAAAUGGAGGAGGACAAGAAUUGAGAAAGAGAAAAUAUGUGACUCUUUUAAAUAAGGACAGCGAGAGAUAA